AUGCUACACGAUGUCAAGAAUAGCAAUGUCUUGCCCUCAUUCUGGGCGACAAAGAACAAAGAUAUGGCCAGCUUCCUGGAAACAUCCCUGCGUAUCGAACGGACUGCCUUGUAUAUCAGGACUCGACUCUCAGCAGUAGCAUAUCACAAACCUCCAAACAACAACAACAAUCACUACCCCUUAUCACUCACAAAUCACGAAGAUAUCUCCGCUGGUUGGGAUCCAACCAUGACAAACUACACACUCAUCAAGUUCAGCUCUUUCAAGCUUACCACACUCAAUCACAACCGUCUAGGUCUAGUCCGCGAUACUUACGCCUGUAGGCAGCUGAUAAAGGUUCAAGCCUACGAAAGAGCCAAGAAAGCCUUGCAACUCAUCGAGCCUUCGACCAAAGAAUAUCUCGUCUGUCGUACAAUCAUCCGCCUCGCUGAACACUGCGUUUGUGAGAUACAUUCACGUCGUCCCAAAGCAGUCGAAUACAUUACAACAAGAUGGUUGGCAGACUACUCAGAGACCCUCAAGGAUAAUCAGGACAGAACAACAGCAAUUGCUCCGGGUAUCGGCAAGUCUCUGCGAAAUACUCAGCAGCUAGAAGAGACGAUCCAAGGCUUGAGACGCGAGAAGAAGGCUCUUGAGACCACAAUCGCAGAGCUCAAGCAAGAUAUUGACCUCCUCGGAAAGUGUUCAAAAAAGCAAGUUACAUUCUUGGCUGACAGAUUGACUCUAUCACGCGAGGAGUGCCGACAGUUGCAUAUCUCUGCGAGUGGGCUGGCAGAGAGACUGAGUGAGGCUGAGUACCGGGCUUAUCUGCAAGAACCAAACGCACAUCGUUAUUUCACCUGCCUCCAGGAGAGGGUCGACUACGCAGAACUUGUCUCUUUCAACGUCUCCGAGACCUCUCGAAAAGAACUUGAGCACGCAGGACAACACCUAGAAGAUUUGGAGUCCCUCUUGGAGCAGAGAGAUAUCGCUAUCGCUGUGCUCCGAGCCCAGCUCUCAAAGUACACCAGCGACAAAUCUCCAUCUCCGAACCUGACCACAGCCGAUCAGUUCCUGCUGCUUCCUGAGAGGAUGGACACGAAACCGAUUACUCCCGAACAAUCAGAUCCCGUCCAAAGGUACGAUACACCUCAACAGAACACGCAUGCUGUCUCGGAGUAA